CGAUGACGCGCACCAGUCGAUCGGAUCUUCAGAGUCCUACAGGAUGCACAAGCUCCUGCAGACCGGCCGACAUGCACAGAGGAGCUAUGCGAGCGCAGCACCGGGCAUGCCUUCCACAUCUGCGCUUGCCGUCUUUGACCGACAGACGAAACACGCCCAAAGAGUCAGAUCAGUUCGAGAUCCUGUACUCUCUCGGCAGACAGACUAUGUCAAGGACGCAGUAGCAGAGAACAUGAUCGACCGUCUGCUCGAUAUAAAGAGGCGAUAUCCGAAAGUCGUCGAUUUUGGCUCUGGGGCAGGACAUCUGGCCAAAUUCUUGGAUCCAGACAUCACUCAGAGCGUCCUCAUGGUCGACACUUGUCGGCCGCUUCUCGAACGUGAUCGCUCGGUAGAAUACGCGCUGCCCGUCGAGCGGUUGCUCAUUGAGGAUAUCGAGCGGUUACCAUUCGAGCCCAACUCGCUCGAUGUCGUCAUGUCCUCGCUCGCUCUGCAUUGGGUCAACGACUUGCCAGGCGUUCUGUUCCAGCUGCAACGCGCAUUACGGCCGGAUGGUGUUCUCAUCGCUUCAUUGCUCGGGGGUGACACACUCUUCGAGCUCAGGACAUCGCUGCAGUUGGCGGAGAUGGAGCGCGAAGGCGGUCUGAGCCCACACAUUUCCCCUAUGACUGACUCACGCUCAAUGUCGAACCUGUUAUCACGAGCCAACUUUGCACUGCCAGCAGUUGACGUAGAUGAGAUUGUCAUCAAUUAUCCUUCGAUAUUCGAGCUCGUACACGAUCUCCAACUCAUGGGAGAGAACAAUGCGGUCGUCAACCGGCGCAACUUCCUCAAGCGUGAUACGCUCCUUGCCGCAGGUGCUAUCUACAAAGAGCUGCAUGGCAAUGAGGAUGGCACAAUCCCUGCCACCUGGCAAGUCAUUUACGGUAUAGGCUGGAAGCCAUCGCCAACUCAGCCAAAACCGCUCGAGCGUGGAUCCGCUAAGCAAUCGCUCAAGGAUAUCUUAUAGCGCGCAAAGCUGCAGUCCUCGUGUAGCGCGCAAGUGAGCUUGGCACAUGAAGCGCGUGAAGCCAUGAACGGUCGCCUCAAGUCAGAGAU